AUGCGCCCACCACCACCACCCACCACGCUUCUCCGGCGCCUGCGCGCACCCGCCACCACGCGCCGCGCCGUGCACACUGGUCUGCGCAGCGUCCCCGCGUGGUUCGUCCGCGGCGGCACCUCCAACGGUCUGGUGCUGCGCGCCGCCGACCUGCCUCCGGCCGGGCGCUGGCCGCUCAUCCUGCCGGCCGUCAUGGGCUCUCCGGACGCGCACCACGCGCGGCAGCUCGACGGCAUGGGGUCCGGCGUGAGCUCCACGUCCAAGCUCGUGGUGCUGUCCGAAACCACCACCACCUGCGACGUCGCGUACACGUUUGUGCAGAUUGGCAUCCGCGACGGCGCCGUCGACAUGGCCGGCAACUGCGGCAACAUGUCGAGCAUCGUCGGCCCCGCGGCCUGGGACAUGGGCUACGUGUCGGCCGCGGCCAAGGCGUCGCUGGUGACGACGGCGGCCGACGGCACCCGCUGGGCCACCGUGCGCCUGCUCAACACAAACACAGACAAGGUCGUCGAGUCGACGUUUUGCGUCGACGGCGGCGGCGCGUACUGCCCGGCCGGCGACUACGUCAUGGACGGCGUGCCCGGCGCCCACUCGCCCGUCACGAUGCGCUUCCUCGACCCGGCCGGUGCCAAGACGGGCCGCGCGCUGCCUACCGGCCGCGCCGUCGACACCCUGCUGCUGCCUGACGACGACGGCCGCGGCUGUGCUGCUGUGCGCGCGUCCCUCGUCGACGUCGGGAACCCGGGCGUCUUUGUGGCGGGCGCGUCGGUCGGCCUGGACGCGCCCGUGGCGCCCGCCGCUAUUGAGGCCGACGCGCCGCUCAAGGCGCGCCUGGAGGCGCUCCGGCGGCAGGGCGCGGCGCUGAUGGGCAUGGACCCGGACACGGAGAGCGUGCCCAAGAUUGUGCUCGUGUUCCCGGCAGCAGAGGACGCGGCGGCGGCGGCGGACCUGCGCUGCCAGGCCAUGAGCAUGGGCCAGGCGCACAAGGCGGUGCCGCUGACGCUGGCGCUGUGUCUGGGCGCGGCGGCGCGCAUCGAGGGCACGCUGCCGUGGCGCAUGAUGAGGGAUGCCGGACGGCCAGAGCACGCCGAGACGGUGCGCAUUGCGCAUCCGAGCGGGUUGGUGGACGUGGGCACGACGAUUGUGGAUGGGGAGAUUCGAGCGGCAAAGUUGCUCCGCACGGCGAGGGUGUUGAUGAAGGGCGAUGUUUUCUACUAG